AUGUCUUAUUUGAACUCAGGCGGGACUACAGUUGCGGCGGCCGCGGCUUAUAGGGCUGCCACAGCUACAAGGUUUAAUGGAAUUUCUGGGGAGGCAUUCAAAUCUCACCAUCCAUUGCACCACCAUCACUCAUCAUCACACUAUGGGGUUGGACUUGGAGCCUCUCAUGAUGCCUCUUCAGGGUUGAUGAGAUCAAGGUUUUUGCCCAAGUUGCCGACAAAGAGAAGCAUGAGAGCACCGAGAAUGCGGUGGACAAGCACACUACACGCUCGAUUUGUCCAUGCUGUGGAGCUUCUCGGUGGCCAUGAAAGAGCUACACCAAAGUCAGUUCUUGAGCUCAUGGAUGUGAAGGAUCUCACAUUAGCUCAUGUCAAAAGCCAUUUGCAGAUGUAUCGAACUGUGAAGACAACUGACAAGCCUGCUGCUUCUUCAGGCCUUUCAGAUGGAUCAGGUGAAGAUGACAUGUCUCCAAUGGGAAGCAGCGGUGGUAUGCGUCAAUUUUCAGACCAGAGAAGCCUAUCAGAUCGACCAGUGCAACAAGAUAUGGAUUACUCUUCGGCUAAUACUCUAUGGAGUAAUUCUUCAAGCAAUGGAGAACCGUGGCCACAAAACAGUGCUAACGACAUAGAAGGUUUCCGGCCCCCGAUCUUCCAGUCACAACAAAUUUCAGGAGGGUAUCAAAUUCAGGAUUGUGAUUCAACCAAAGUCAAGAACAGCUUGUCAGGAUCAUCAAAUUUAGAGUGCAAGAACCCGAGCUUGGAGUUUACAUUAGGGAGACCAGAUUGGAAUGGCAAAGGACAAGCCUAG